UAGGCCGCGUGAAGUGCUACAGUGAGGAUCAGUGGUUUGUGUUACACACGAAGAAAAAGCCGGUAUUGGGGCGCGAAAACUGUUGUUUUUCUUAGCUGAUUGGUGACCGGGGUGGAAAUACAGGAAGUUUUUCCUAACAGAAGUGGCAAAAUAUAGUGUGUAUUGGUAAACGGGUGCAAUUAGGAAGUGCAGUUGUGCUCAGAUUAGACAGUUUUUAUUUGUGUGUGAAGCUUCGUUGGAGUAACGAACUGUCGAUGAUGAGAUCAUUACUAAUAAUUACGACGUUUCUCGUCGUUGGAGCGUUGGCACUGCAGGAUGGCCAGGUGUGUGAACCGGGAAGCAACUUCAAGGUCGAUUGUAACGUGUGCCGAUGUUCCGCGGAUGGGAAGCUGAUGUCGUGCACGAGAAAAUUUUGCCUGCCUGAUGAGCAAUCUGAUGAUCCCAAGGUGCAGUCCCCUGAACCCUCCAGCGACAUUAGUAAUGGAGCCGAGAAAGAGGAGGUACAUGUACAAACCAACGGACAGGUGUGCACUCCGAAUGAGGUGAAGAUGGUGGAUUGCAAUCGAUGCAAGUGCGCUGCCAAUGGUAUUGGAUGGUUCUGUACACGCAAGGGUUGUCAGCCAAGAGAAAAGCGGGAUGCCAGUGUUCAGAGAUCGACUCAGCACUGUACUCCGGGAACCUCGUUCAAAAGUGCCGACGGCUGUAAUGACUGCUUCUGUACGGAAACUGGAAUCGCUGCUUGUACUAUGAAGUUCUGUUUUGGCAAAGGAGCUCUUCGGAAAAGGCGAGAUACUCCACAGCAAUGUGUGCCUGGAACUUCAUUCAAGAGUGCCGACGGCUGUAACGACUGCUUUUGUACAGAAACAGGCAUCGCUGCGUGUACCUUAAAGUUCUGUUUUCCCAAAAGUGCACUCCGAACAAGGCGUGAAGCACCGAAGCCAUGUGUACCCGGAACUUCUUUCAAACAUUCCGAUGGUUGCAACGACUGCUUCUGUACGGAAACGGGUAUCGCUGCAUGUACCUUGAGGUUCUGCUUCCCGCAAGGUGCUCUUCGAAAAAGGCGAGAAGCUAACCAGCAGUGUGUGCCGGGUACGACGUUCAAGGACCAAGACGGAUGUAACGAUUGCUUUUGUACCGAGAAUGGACUAGCGGCCUGUACGGAAAAAUUCUGCUACAACGAACCACGAGUCAGCCGAUCACCGAAUGACGAGCUGCCGCAUUCGCUGAUAGCACCCGGAUCUCCUGGAUUUUCCUGCGAGCCCAGCAAGAGUUUCAAGUACCAGUGCAACACGUGUCGCUGUGAUUCGAGCGGAAAGCUAGCAGCGUGCACGUUCAAAUUUUGCCUACCGGAUGAAUAUUGAUGCCGAGAAUGUGAACUAAGUGUGAAAACAAUUUAAUUGUUAGGUUAUUAGGUUAUGCUUGUAGGUUAACUUUUUGUGAGACAUGUCAAUCACCAAAUAAUGGAACUCUGUUUGAAAAUGACAAAUACGUAAACCGAUUUUGAAACGGCUCAAGGACGUGUGACGUUUAGAUUUAUGAUAAACAAAAGCACCAGAUAGAUAGAUUCUAGGUACUGUCAUAAGAAUGAUUUUCGUUCAAUGCGUUUGCAUAUUAUUUAAUCAGUGGCGUACCCAGAAAUUUGGCUAAGGGAAGUUUUGGUUCAUAUGUUAGAUGAUGAGAAUGCGUAGUUUAACAACAUAUAAUUUUGGCCAAAUCAGUCGUAUAUGCUCGGUCAUCUUAGUGAAGAAAACAUAAAAUGAUUUUGGAGCCUUGUAGAGAUGCCGAGGGGAGUUAAGAUUUUUUAGUUUUAUAAUAUAAUUUUACAAAAAAAAGACGAUUGAUGCAUUUUUUUAUUUCAAACACCCUUAUACCUGUUCUCCAAGAACUGAGAUUGAAACGAGGAUCUAGAUUAAACAUGGUUAUAAUAUUUGUGUAAACAUUUGAACGAAUUUACGCUAAAUCACUAGGUCUGUCAUGCCAGCCUAUCUCAACUAGAGGCAUAAGUAUG